UGAAUCAGUCAGUUAGUUGACAGGCAGUCAGUAAGUCAGUCAGCCACUCAGUCAAGUGGAGUGAAGUUCGGUGUUCAGCUCGGAGCACAACAAAAGUUAAUAAAUUCAAGUGCCGGGUUAUCAACAGCUGCUGACCCAAAAUAGCUUGACAACAUACGCAAAAAGAGGCGACGACUACAAAGUUCAACGGCACUUGAUAUCAGAAAUAAAAAGUAGGCACGUUGCGCAUACGCCGUGUGUGCCCCAGCUGUACGAGUUAAUAAAGGCACAAAGCUUGCAACCAGGCCAAAAUAGAAGCCAAAACAAAAAGAAAAGAAUAACAAAAAUAACAACGAAGAGCGAGAACAUGAAUGACCGUGAAAUGAGUUGCAAUACGGGCGGCCAGUUUAUGGAUCGCGGACGCAUGAAUCAGAAUGGAGUGGUCCAGCCUUUGCUCACUGAUCUGUAUCAAAUAACAAUGGCCUAUGCGUACUGGAAGUCGGGAAAAACGGACGAUCAGGCCGUAUUCGAUUUGUUCUUUCGCAGCAAUCCUUUUCACGGCGAAUUCACUAUUUUUGCCGGCCUAGAGGAAUGCCUUAAGUUCCUGGAUAGUUUCCAUUAUUCGGACAGCGAUAUUGAAUAUCUUAGGCAAACGCUGCCCGAGGGCAUUGAGAACGAAUUCUUUGAGUAUUUGGGCAAUUUAACAGCGCGCGAUGUCACGCUUUAUGCCAUCGAUGAGGGCACGGUGGCGUUUCCACGUGUUCCGAUUAUCAAGAUAGAAGGUCCUCUAAUUAUAGUGCAAUUGUUGGAGACAACGCUGCUCACUUUAGUGAACUAUGCCAGUUUAAUGGCGACGAAUGCAGCACGUUAUCGCAUGGUAGCUGGAAAACAUGUAAAGCUAUUGGAAUUUGGAUUGCGUCGUGCACAGGGACCCGACGGCGGACUCUCGGCAUCAAAGUAUUCCUACACAGGCGGCUUUGAUGGCACUUCGAAUGUUUUGGCAGGCAAGCUCUUCAACAUACCCGUAAAGGGCACGCAUGCGCAUGCCUACAUCACCUCGUUCAGCAGUGUGGGCGAGCUUAAGACGCGAUUGCUGAAGCACAAGCAGACGGGCAUUACUGAGGAUCUGCUGGAGCAUGCCAUACGCCAUCGUCAACUGUUGUCCCAUCUACUGGACGUUUCGACGGAGGAGUCUAGCGAGGGAGAAUUAGCGGCCAUGGUCUCGUAUGCAAUUGCCUUUCCGGAUGGGUUCAUGGCGCUUGUCGACACGUACGAUGUUAAGAGCCGAGAAACAUUAGAAGUCACACAAGACCCAACCGUACAAACUGAAACCAAAUCAAGACAAAUUCAAACAAAUGCCACGCCCACAAAUGGCUACAAACUGCCCAACGGCACUAAAGUGACAAGCAAUGGAAAGAAAUCAAAUGGUCUAGUAGACCCCAUCAGCACAGGGAAUGGCCACUGCCCGCAGGCAUCUGUGAGUCAAGCCCCAAUGCCUGCGUCUAUAACAACAGAUACGACCCCACAAACAACAGCUACAAACAGCAAGACAAGCACCUCGUCCAAAGGGACAGCGUACCUACCAAAAUAUGUCGAGAAGUCAUUCAGGAGCGGGCUGCUCAACUUUAGCGCAGUGGCCCUGGCGCUCAAUGAUCUGGGUUAUUAUGCUUUGGGCAUUCGCAUUGACUCUGGAGAUUUGGCCUACUUGUCGUGUCUGGCUCGGGAGACCUUCGAGAAGGUGGCUGAGCGCUUCAAGGUUCCAUGGUUCAAUAAACUGACCAUUGUGGCAUCCAAUGAUAUCAACGAGGACACCAUACUUAGUCUGAAUGAGCAGGGACACAAAAUCGACUGUUUCGGCAUUGGAACGCAUUUGGUCACCUGUCAGCGCCAGCCCGCCUUGGGUUGUGUCUAUAAGCUGGUGGAGAUAAAUGGCCAGGCACGCAUUAAACUGAGUCAGGAUGUGGAAAAGGUUACCAUGCCGGGCAAUAAGAAUGCAUAUCGUCUAUAUAGUGCCGAUGGUCAUGCUCUAAUCGAUCUGCUGCAAAAGGUUUCGGAGCCACCACCGGCUGUGGGACAGAAAGUGCUAUGCAGGCACCCCUUCCAGGAGUCAAAGCGCGCCUACGUCAUUCCCUCGCAUGUUGAGUCCCUCUAUAAGGUGUACUGGAAAUCCGGCAAAAUAUGCCAACAGCUGCCCACACUCGAGCAGGUACGCGAGAAGGUGCAAAUCUCGCUAAAAACACUGAGGAACGAUCACAAGCGUACGCUGAAUCCAACGCCGUAUAAGGUUGCCGUCAGCGAUAAUUUGUAUAAUUUCAUUCACGAUCUGUGGCUGCAGAAUGCACCGAUUGGGGAGCUCUCAUGAUCUAUAUAAGAAGCCAAAGUCGAAAGCAUUCGACUUUGCAGCAAUAUUCCGAAAAUAGUACGCAAGUGAAGUUGAAGUCUUGUCCAUUGAUCCAUUGGUUUCUCGUUGGUGCGCAGUGGCACACGAUUUUAAUCAUUUGCUGGUCAUAUGCAUUAUAAUUUUGGUACUGGUGCAGAUACUUGCAUAAACAUAUAUACAUACGAGUAUAUGUACAUAUGUAUGUAGCGUAGACUAAGAUGAUUAGAUUCUCCAAGGCGAGCAGCGCAAUAAUAUUCUACAAAACACACACAUACACUCGAAACGUAUUGCACGCCCAUAAACAAUGAUAAAUAGCCAACUAUUAAGCGAAAUCUAUACCAUAGAUAUACAUACAUUCAUAGUUAUACAUUUUUAAUGCUAGUUUAAAACGCACAUCGUAUUCAGGAAUGUGUUACGUGCCUUAACAAACAAAGAAACGCAAAUAACUUCACAAAUAUGGAAACUACAACCAAAAAAGUUAAAGAGGAAAUCAAUUUGUAUUUAAUAAUUUUAGCAAUUAAGUGUUGAAAGUUGCUAAAGAAAAACAAAGAAACAUACAAAGGAUUAGAUGAA